ACGGAACCGCGCGCACUCAUACAGGUGGGGAGGGGCUGGUACUAUUGAUCGCUCUUGUCAUAACGCUAGGCGAUCGUUGAAAGUGUCUUGAAACGUCUUUAUUUUUUUUUUCACUCCGAACGUGAUUUAACGAUUUUGACCGAGUGUUUCAGUUGUUGUUUUUUGUUAAUAUAGUAAGAGAUGGCACCGUUUCAUUUGAGUUUUGACCCUCUAAAGGAACCUAUAGGAUUCAUUAAAGUUUUGGAGUGGGUUUUUGCCAUAUUUGCAUUUGCAACUUGUGGAGGUUACACUGGUAGUACUAUAAUUGAAACUGCUUGCAAAAAUAAGACAUUGACUCCUACCAAUGGUACUUUGACUGCUGUGUUUUCAUAUCCUUUUAGGUUGCAUAAAAGUCAUCUAAAAUUAGAUCCCUCACCCUAUUGUAAUUACACAGAAAGUGGAACUUUGUAUGGAGACUAUUCAUCUUCUGCAGAAUUUUUUGUUAGCAUUGCAGUGUUUGCAUUUUUGUACAGUAUGGGUGCUCUUGUUUAUUACAUUGGAUACUUAAACUCCUAUCGAAAUUCAAAAAAACCACCCAUUGUUGAUUUUGGUUUUACUGUUCUCUUCACAUUUAUGUGGCUUGUCAGUUCUUCAGCAUGGGCCAAAGGUCUUGCCGAUAUUAAGAUAGCUGCAGCAGGGAAAACCAUCAUGACCCAAGUGGAAGGCUGUAAAAUUCUGAUUUGUACAGAAAAAUCUGCAACCAGCUUUGCAAAACUAAAUGUUUCUGCGGUAUGUAUAAUUUUAAGCUUGGAUGGCUUAAGUUAA